GUCGUUCAAUAUGGCGUCGGUCUUAGCAUUUUGUGCACGACUUGGAUGAAAGUUCGAGUAAUGUUUUCGUUUGACGUUUCGAACAGGCAAUAUGAUAUUUAAUUCAGCGUUGGUAACGGAGUUUAAAUAUUUAUAAAUAUUUCAAGUUUAAAUGUAUUUUUAGCCAAAAGUCGACAAUCGCGUUGGAAAAGUUUGUGUUUACGUCACACAUGGUCCCUGUGUCUGCGAUCUGUUUUAAAUUUUGAAAAUUAUGUGAUGACCAGGAUUUCUGUGACCAUGUAUUUUCUAACUUUGGAGUACGUGAUGGUUUAUAUUGUGACUUGACAUUUCUAACAAAGGCAGGCCUAUCAAGGGACUCAAAAAUAUUUAAAAGAAAGAUGUUGCUGGAAAAGUGCUCAAACUUAAAUAAUUAUGGAAAAUCAGUAUCAAGGAGUAACAGAGAGUUCUAAUAUUUGGAAUAAUUCUGGUUGUAAUAGUGAAGAUUAUAAGAAAGAAGAAACAGACAGGAAUUAUGAUGCUAAAUAUCUUAUUAAAUCAGAAUGUCGAGUUGUUUUGAAGAGAUUGAAUAUUAAAGUAGAGAUUGAAGAUGGUAAAGAAGUUAUUCUCCUUCCAGAUGAAUACAAACACUUAAAUCUUAUCAAGAAGAUUAAUUUCUUCAUUCCCAACAAAACAUUUAACAGAAAUAAAGUGAACGUCCAAAUUAACAAGGAUGAACAGAAUAAAGAACAUCACAUUUCAAAAAGAACAAAGCAUUAUAAAGAUGAGACCAACAGGAAGAGGUUUUGUUUUUCAGUUAAAAACUUGAAUAAAAUACAAUGGAAUAUUAAAAAGAAGUACUUCAAGAUAAUGUGUGCAUUUCAUUUUAAAGAAAAGUUCACAUGUAAUUUAUGUACCCAGCCUUUCACAAAUUACAAAGUAUUAAGAGCCCAUCUGUUCUUUCAUAUUGGAAACAAACCAUUUCAAUGCACAACCUGCAAUCAGAUGUUUUACUGGGAAUUUGUUUUACGAAGACACAACAAAGAACACUACAAUAAAAUGCAAAUGUUACAAAAAUCAUUGGAAGCCAGAAACAUAAGAAUAUUUGAGAAGACAACGUCACCAAAGUUUUUUAUAAAACCUGUUGAGCAAUCGAAGCCCUUUGAAUGUGAGAUUUGUGGUAAACGCAUUAUAUCACAGAGCCAAUUAAAGAAGCACUAUAAAACACAUUCAUCUUAUAUUUGUAGCAUAUGUCAAAGAGAAUUUAAACAUAUAUCUCGUUUCAGAAAUCAUCUGGUAACGCAUAGUGAAGAUCGCCCGUUCAAAUGUAAUGUGUGUAAUAAGAGAUUUAAAACGAAAACCAAUUUAAUAAAUCAUGCUGAAACCCAUAGGGAUGAAUAUGAAUAUUUCUGUAUUUUAUGUGUUAGAGGUUUUAAAACAAGAAAGUGUUUUAAAACUCAUAUUGAGGCUCAUGAUGAUGAAUAUAAGUAUUCUUGUGAUAUAUGUGGCAGGAGUUUUAAAAGAAAACACAGUUUGGUAAAUCAUAAACUCAUUCACAACAAUAGAAGUUAUUUUUGUGAGGUAUGUAAUACAAGUUUUAAAACGCGGCGGGGUUUAAAGACUCAUGUCAGAAUACACAGCAACGAAUAUAAAUAUACUUGUGAGAUCUGUGACAGGGGUUUCAAAACAACGAGCUGUUUAAAUGUUCAUAAGUUAGUACAUAGCAAAGAACGUAAGCAGUUUUGUGAAAUAUGUGGUCAAACUUUUAGACAUAAAAGUGCUUUAACAAGACAUCGCCUUCUUCAACAUAAAGUAGGCAAGUAAAAAGAUUUUGUUGAAAACUAUUUGAAAACUAAACUUAUAUUGAGAAGUUCACUCUGUAAAAAGGAAUCGAAAAAUUACCACAAGUUAAAUUGUUUACCAGAAAACUCGCCUUGACAUAAGACUUUUAUUGUGAGAUAUAUACAUUCUACACUAAAGAACUUCAUGAAACUACUUAUGAUGAGUACAGUUUUUCUUAUAUUUGUGAAUCAUAAUAAGUGUAUUUAUCUUAAAACUAUCUUCUUAAGGCAUCAAGGUAUUCAUGUAACCAAACAACAUUGUUGCAACUAAUGUAAAAACAAAUUAUCAAACAGAAAAUAGACUGACUAAAAUAAAAUUUCAUAAUAACAUGUAAAAUGUUCUUGUUUAAAAUUGAACACCAAGCAAUUUACCUUAUCAAUAUAUUACAAGCAACAGACUUAGGAAGUAUUGAAGAUAUAUCUGUUGUUACAUUUGUAAAACAACAAUACUUUUCCUUCCUCAGGAGGAAUUUAUCAAUGCAGAAUUUGCAAAAGGUUAUUUAGGAGUGUGUUAUAAAUAGUCA